CACAAUUUUAUUUAAUAAGUAUAUCAUUAACAUUUUCUUAAUAUAUCAGAAAAGAUGAAAAGAAACAAUAUAGAAAUAUUUUCAGCUAUACAAAUUCAGGGCUUCCAUGACAAAUAAAGGCUAAAGAUUCCACCUUUAUUUACAUACAUUUUUUUCUUCAUAGAAAAAGUUGAUAUCCAAUAAAAUGUUACCUAAUGUAACCCCAGGCAAAGUGAAUGCCAUGACUGGACAAUGGGGACUUAUUCGUUGAACCGUUACACCUAAUUACCAUGUGCCAGAUACUGUUCUAAGCACUCUAUCGAUGUUAGCUCAUUUAAUCUUAAAACCAUGUCAUAGAAUAUGGUAAAAAAUAAAAAUGAAAAAACUAAAAUUGCUACUUUUCUCCCCACCUCUUCAUCCUACCCCAUCAUAUAUUGUCAGUAAAUGGACAGCAGGAGUCCAGUGAAAAUAUAUUUAACUUGGACUCAAAAGAUUUGAGUUAGUUUCUGGCUCUAUUUAGGGUUCUGUGUGACCUUGAACAAGUUAUUGAAACCAGAACUUCCCAAACCUGACUGAUCAUUGGAAUUCGAGGGAGAGUGUUAUUACAGUUACAGAUGCCUUGGACUUCACCCAGUAUUUUCUAAUCCUAAAUCUAAAUAUUUUCUGUUUAGAGUGGGACUUGAGAAUCUGAAUUUCCUUUGAAACUACACAGGUGAUUGUGAUAAGCAGUCACAUUUGGGAACCACUGAUAGAGUAGUCUUAUCCUCUAAUCCCUUGACAGAAAUGUAUAGAAAUAUGUGGUCCACAAGGGUCGUCGGCAUGAAGGGGAGAAUUAUGAAGACCCAAACUCUCAUAACCCCACUCUUUACACAUUCUCAUUAAAGCUGUGUUUAGAUAUUCUAGAUGACUCUUUUGUUGUGGGUCAUCCGGACUAUCUAAGCCCAACAAACAUAUCCAGAGGCAUAUCAUACAGGUGACUGUCAUCUGCAUCACCUACUUAAGCCUAUCUCUCCAAGGCAUGACGUCAUUAAAAAUGAAGUGGGAAAUUGAGGCAAUGGUUCCACCAAUUUAAAGUACAAACCCAAAUAAACUAUCUUUACAUGAAUGUGCUGAAAAUGUGUACGACCUCCUAAAAAAGUUUCCGAGGUGAUUGUAUCAGCUUUUUUCCCGCUAAUUCAACUAAACAUCACAAUAUACAUUUUACUCAUCCCCAAAAUAUUUUCUGAGUACUUAUUUUGGGCACCAUGAAGGAUACAAAAAUGAAUAAAACAAAGUACCUGUCUUCAAGCUGGUAAAGAUACAGCCAUAAACAUAAGAAUUGUAGUUUUCAGUUUUAAAAACGUUAAGUUUGGCUGAAUUUUGGAGAUGCUGCAGGCAAUCAAUAAUAAGCCAGAAAUGUCCAUAUUAUAAAUACAUUCUGGACUGUCAUAUCAAGCUGGUGACCCUGGUAUAAAGUACUAAAAGAAACAAUAUAUUUGAGAAUCUCAAAAUGUGUGUUUGGGUAUGUUACUUGACAAUUGUAGUGAAUUUUUAAGUCUUUAAAAACUAGUCUCAGAGCGCUAGUCUUUCAGCACUCUGAGCCUAUUUCUUUCAACAAUUUGUAUCUCACAAAAUUGUGAAAACAAAAUGAAAUAGUACCCAUGUCAAGGUGUCACGGAAUUUUUUUCUUUUUUGAGACAGGGUUUCAUUUUGUUGCCCAGGCUGCAGUACAAUGUAAUGAUCACAGGCACUGUAGCCUCGACCUCCUGGGUUCAAGGGAUCCACCUCAGCCUACUGAGUAACUGGGACCACAGGUGAAUGCCACUAUGCCUGCCUAGUGUUGUUUUUUUUUUUAAUUUUUUUUUUUUAAUAGAGAUGAGGGCUCCCUAUGCUGUCCAAGCUAGUCUUUAACUCCUGUAUUCAAGUGAUCCACAUGCCUCGGCCUCCCAAAGUGCUGGGAUUACAGGUGUGAGCCACCACACCCAGUCAUGGUGUCAUGAAUCUUAUAGAUAAUGCUCAUAACUCUAAUAAAUAAUAAAACAUGACUUUGAGUUGAUUUUUCACCAGUGGUGACAAAUGGCUAUUAACCAAUUACUUUCUUAUCUGGCCCUAAAACACAAAGAAGCCUUGUUUGUCAUUGCUGUUCCCAGAUGUAUAGUUAAUAUACAUUAUAUGAUAAUUUUAUAAAUUGGUAUAUAAGCAAGUGUAUAAAAAUAAAUAUGCACAUUAUGUAGUCAUGAAUAUAUUUAAAUGUUUACAUUAUGCAUACACCUCUCUAAAAGAAAUACUGAAGUCACCAACUUAAUGGAAAAAAUUCUCAUCUACUUUAGGGAUAGACAUUGGACAAAACUUCACAAGUCUAUAUAUUUCAUUACAUGUUUGUGAUUAAACAGUGAUGAGAAUGACAGAGUUUCACAGGAAUGUUCAACUUAAUUGUGUCAAACAUGUAACUGUCUAUAAAUUCUAUAGGGACUGCGUUAUUCUAUGGGGACAUGAAUAAUAUUUUUAAUACAAAAUUCCAGUUAACUGACUGGAGUAGACUAAUCAUUAAUUCUAAAACAUGCUUCUGGCAAAUCCCUAUCUACCCUGUAUUUUCCCCCAAAGCAUAUAUUAGCUAUGAGUAGCAUGAAUAUAAAAGUUGUGGUUACCAAAACUUCUUUUUACUUCCCUCUUUCAUUAACUAUAUUUGUUAAUACACAAGGUUUGAUCAUAAAUAGUAAAGUCAAUUCACAAGUUAAGAAAAAAGAUCUAAGUGUAUUUCAAAACAGGAUCCUUCAUGUUCUUUGAGUAAUCCAGGCAGCAAAGUCAGGAAUGCUCAUGAGUGCUACUGGAUAUUAGUGCUAAUUACUAAUAAUAUGUACUUACAAUUAUGCCCUUUCAUCCAAGUACCUCAAAGAGCUUUCAUAGCAUUAAUUUGUUAUUUCCUAUAAUAUCUUUGAGAGGCGGCUGGUAGAAAGUUAUUAUUAUCUCUAUUUUACAGUCAGAGAAACUAGGGCAUAGAGAGGUUAAGUAACAUUGCUAGGGUCAUACGGUGAACAACUGACAAAAAAGGGACUCAAGCUAAUUAUUCUCAUUUCCUGUUCAGUAUAUUAUCCAUUAUAUGGUUGUUCAAUACACCUAAAUGCUUUUUUAUCCCAGACAAAUUGAGAAUACUGUAUUUAAAUAGUCUAAGACGUAAGUGAACGCGUUUCUCUUUUUUUGUGUGUUCAAAAAUGCUGCUCUACAGGGAUAUAGAGUUAAAAACUAAUAAUUAGUCUUUGGUUUGCAGCUGUAGCUAUUAUUUAUAGGGCUUUUACUAUUUGUGGUUUUCUGAAGCUCUGCUCAAAAUGAAGUAUUCUAUUUCUCACUGCUUUAUGCUAGGUUAGCAUAGCUGAGCCACCAAAAAGCAGCUGAGACAGGCUGACUAAUGAAUUUGAGGUUGUCUUUCAUUGCGUUCCUAUUGCUCACUCUUCUUGAAGUCAUCCUCCUUCUAGCUCUCCAUUCAGCAGAUAUUUGUGCAACCCACCAUCCUCAAUCCUCAGCCUAUGGCCAGCUUAACUGUUGUCAAUGAUUAAAUUUAAAAGAUUUUUAUUGGAAUGGAGCAAUUCCUACAGAAUAAAAAAGAAAAAAAUUAAAAUAUUAAAAUAUAAACAUAGAUAUUUCAUUUUAUGAGUUAAUGAUGCUAUACUAUUAAUAGUUACCACUGUUACAUCCAGUUUCUGCUAAACCUGACCUUUAGGGUCCUUAGAAGACCAUUAAACAUUAGAAUAUUGGUCUAUGGAUGGACACAUAUCACCAUAUUGGGUUUUUUAAUGCAGUAUUUCAGUAAUUUUCCCAAGUAAAGGCAGGGAGAAAGGAGAAGUGGUUUUGAAACUGUGCUCAAUGACGUAAGACUGCAGUCAGCUUGGAUAUGGUAAUGUAAACCUGUGGUGUUUCCAACUUCAGCCCAGCUCCUCCCUAGAGCUCUAGACCCAUAUAGCAACCACCAUUAGACAGCACCACUCUUACUUCACUCAUCAACUCCAAAACUGAACUCAUUUUUUUUCUGCAAAAAUGUCCCCUCCCAGGACUCAUCCUAACUCUUCCUUAUCUUAUUUAGUAAAAUACACCCUUAUCCUACCCCUCCCUCAAAGCAAAACAACGCAUCAUCAUUGCCUCUUCCAUUCUCCUAUCUGGCAGCUGCCCCUAGCAACCAAUUACCAGUUGAUAUGGCCUCUUGAAUAUUUUAGGAAUCCAUCUCCUUUGGAUGCUCACUACCAUUCACACAGGGUCCUUAAGUUUUCUCUUAUUGGCUUCUGCAAUGGCCCCCUUGUGGGCUCUCUGCUUAUCCUUCUCUGCCCCCUCACCUCCACCCCCCAAGUUAUCUGUUCUCUACCAACAGAAGAAUACCUUAAAUUGUAAUCUGUCCACUCAUUGCCUCACCAAGGCAUAGACGAUUCGUGAUUUGGCUCCUGUUUUCUUCUCCAGCCUCAUCUUUUUCAGCAACCUAAGUUUGAACUUCAAGACCUGUAAUUAUUACUCAUUCUUCUCAACACAUUAUUUGUCCCCGUGCUGCAUCUCAUUUCUGUUCGGAUCCGGAUUUGCCAUCCCACCCCUAUUUUUGUAGUAGAAAAUGCCUAUUUAUCUUUAAAACUCUAACCUACAGUUAGUAAAGCUAUCCAUUCUUUACGCUGUACAUCUUGAUAAACCAUACUUCCAAUAGCAAUGAUUUGCUUUCAUGUAUGUCUGCCCACUAGACUGGACAUUCCUUGAAUGGCUCAUACCAGGAAUAUAGUUGGUACUCAAUUUGUGGGGAGCAAAGAGAGAGAAGCAAAUAAAUGUCAAGACAUAAGAAUCUGUAGCUGCUAACUUAAAUUUACGGAUUUAGUGAAACUACUUCUCACAAGCUACCAAAUCACAGUGCCAUGGGGCCGCAAGAUGAUCUCAGUGCCACACCGACACCUGCAGAGUCGCAGGCGGGUCCGACACCCCUCAGAAAGAACUCGCAGACCGUCCGAGAAAGCGAAUUCUCCAGGGGGUCAGCAGUUAGAUGAGGCCCAGGGCAGCCACGAGACCCUCCAGCCAGGGUAGGCGGCUGACCCGCCUCCUGGGAUUUGGCCCGUGACAAGCCACGACGCCAGCUCCGCUCUGAAUACCCCCGGCCACGCCACACGAGCGGCCUCAACCCUGAGACGCCCAGGGAACAUGAGCUGACCCUCUAGAAGCAAGAUGGCGGCCUCCGCUCUCCCCUCCUUCCCCCAAGAACCCCCUCCUGGUCCCCAAAAGAAAGACAAGGACACCGCGGCAACGACGCCGAGAUCCGGGAACCUCCGCGAGGCCCGCGGCCACUCCCGAGCCCCCGGGAGAUGACUUCACCUCGCGGAGCUGAGAGAGCCGGGGGUGGGGCCGUCGGAAAGACAGCGCGGACAGCCCUCAGCUUGCAGGGGGCGGAGGCCGGGCAGCCUGCGCCCUCCAAGCCAUUGUUCUGCGGCCCAGGCCCAUGAUCACCCUCCUCUCAGCCCACGGACAGGAAGUCGCUCCCCAGCUGCCCCGCCCCGCUCCCCAGCGCCCCGGAAGUGAUCUGUGGCGGCUGCUGCAGAGCCGCCAGGAGGAGGGUGGAUCUCCCCAGAGCAAAGCGUCGGAGUCCUCCUCCUCCUUCUCCUCCUCCUCCUCCUCCUCCUCCUCCAGCCGCCCAGGCUCCCCCGCCACCCGUCAGACUCCUCCUUCGACCGCUCCCGGCGCGGGGCCUUCCAGGCGACAAGGACCGAGUACCCUCCGGCCGGAGCCACGCAGCCGCGGCUUCCGGAGCCCUCGGGGCGGCGGACUGGCUCGCGGUGCAGCCUACUCAACAUGAAAAUGAUGAGAAUGAAGACCUUUAUGAUGAUCCACUUUCACUUAAUGACUAAUUCUUCUUAAUCCUUUGGUGAAAACUGAGACACAAAAUGGCUGCAAAUAAGCCCAAGGGUCAGAAUUCUUUGGCCUUACACAAAGUCAUCAUGGUGGGCAGUGGUGGCGUGGGCAAGUCAGCUCUGACUCUACAGUUCAUGUACGAUGAGUUUGUGGAGGACUAUGAGCCUACCAAAGCAGACAGCUAUCGGAAGAAGGUAGUGCUAGAUGGGGAGGAAGUCCAGAUCGAUAUCUUAGAUACAGCUGGGCAGGAGGACUACGCUGCAAUUAGAGACAACUACUUCCGAAGUGGGGAGGGGUUCCUCUGUGUUUUCUCUAUUACAGAAAUGGAAUCCUUUGCAGCUACAGCUGACUUCAGGGAGCAGAUUUUAAGAGUAAAAGAAGAUGAGAAUGUUCCAUUUCUACUGGUUGGUAACAAAUCAGAUUUAGAAGAUAAAAGACAGGUUUCUGUAGAAGAGGCAAAAAACAGAGCUGAGCAGUGGAAUGUUAACUACGUGGAAACAUCUGCUAAAACACGAGCUAAUGUUGACAAGGUAUUUUUUGAUUUAAUGAGAGAAAUUCGAGCGAGAAAGAUGGAAGACAGCAAAGAAAAGAAUGGAAAAAAGAAGAGGAAAAGUUUAGCCAAGAGAAUCAGAGAAAGAUGCUGCAUUUUAUAAUCAAAGCCCAAACUCCUUUCUUAUCUUGACCAUACUAAUAAAUAUAAUUUAUAAGCAUUGCCAUUGAAGGCUUAAUUGACUGAAAUUACUUUAACAUUUUGGAAAUUGUUGUAUAUCACUAAAAGCAUGAAUUGGAACUGCAAUGAAAGUCAAAUUUACUUUAAAAAGAAAUUAAUGUGGCUUCACCAAGAAGCAGAGUUCAACUUAUUUCAUAAUUGCCUACAUUUAUCAUGGUCCUGAAUGUAGCGUGUAAGCUUGUGUUUCUCGGGCAGUCUUUCUUGAAAUUGAAGAGGUGAAAUGGGGGUGGGGAGUGGGAGGAAAGGUGACUUCCUCUGGUGUUUAUUAUAAAGCUUAAAUUUUAUAUCAUUUUAAAAUGUCUUGGUCUUCUACUGCCUUGAAAAAUGACAAUUGUGAACAUGAUAGUUAAACUACCACUUUUUUUAACCAUUAUUAUGCAAAAUUUAGAAGAAAAGUUAUUGGCAUGGUUGUUGCAUAUAGUUAAACUGAGAGUAAUUCAUCUGUGAAUCUGCUUUAAUUACCUGGUGAGUAACUUAGAAAAGUGGUGUAAACUUGUACAUGGAAUUUUUUGAAUAUGCCUUAAUUUAGAAACUGAAAAAUAUCCGGUUGUAUCAUUCUGGGUGUGUUCUUACUGACGCCAGGGGUCUGCUGCCCCAUGUGUCCUGGUGAGAAAAUACAUGCCUGGCACAGCUUUUGUAUAGAAAAUUCUUGAGAAGUAACUGUCCGCUAGAAGUCUGUCCAAAUUUAAAAUGUGUGCCAUACUCUGGUUCUUGAAAAUAAGAUUCCAGAGCUCUUUGAUCGCUUUAUAAUAAACUGCAAUUUCAUUUUAAAUGAAGGGCCAGCAUAUACUUGCAAGAUAAUUUUCAACUGCGAGGAUUCAGCACCAGUUACGUUUGAAUGAACCCUCCUUUUCUCUGAGAUUCUGGUCCCUGGAAAUUCCUUUCUGCUAGUGGUGAGCAUGUAAGUGUUAAGUUUUUAAUCUGGGAGCAGGGCAUAGGAAGAAAAUGUCAGUAGUGCUAAUGCAUUUUGCACUAGAACACUUCGGGAAAAUAUUCAUGCUUGCCAUCUGUUCAUUUCUAAAUUUAUAUUCAUAAAGUUACAGUUUGAUACAGGAAUUAUUAGGAGUAAUUCUUUUGUUUAUGUUUAUAAUGAACACUGUAGCUGCAUUUUCAGAAGUUAACAUCAAGCCAUCAAACCUGGGUAUAGUGCAGAAAACGUGUGGCACACACUGACCACACGUUAGGCUGUGUCACCAUUGUGUGGUGUACCUGCUGGAAGAAUUCUAGCAUGCUACUUGGGGACAUAAUUUCAGUGGGAAAUAUGCCACUGUCAGAUUUUUUUUUUUCCUCUUUGCAGUGGGGCUAGGACAGUUGAUUCAACAAAGUAUUUUUUUCUUUUUUCUCAGUCCUAAUUUGAACAGGUCAAAGAUGUGUUCAGGCAUUCCAGGUAACAGGUGUGUAUGUAAAGUUAAAAAUAGUCUUUUUAGGAACUCACUCUUUAGAUAUUUACAUCCAGCUUCUCAUGUUAAAUAUUUGUCCUUAAAGGGUUUGAGAUGUACAUCUUUCAUUUCGUAUUUCUCAUAGGCUAUGCCAUGUGCGGAAUUCAAGUUACCAAUGUAACACUGGCCAGCGGGCCCAACAAUCUCCAUGUGUACUCAUUACAGUCUUAUUUAACCAGGGGUCCUAACCACUAACAUUGUGACUUUGCUUUGAGACCUUUCCUCUCCUGGGUACUGAGGUGCUAUGAAGCCAACUGACAAAGAUGCAUCACGUAUCUUAGGCUGAUGCCACUACCCGAUUUGUUUAUUUGCAAUUUGAGCCAUUUAAAGACCAAUAAACUUCCUUUUUUAAAA